AUGGUAGUCAUUAGCUUGACAGCAUUACAAGCAUACUGUGUACGAACGCUAAUCAAGCACCGGUGGACAGAGAAAGUUAUCAGGCAAAGACAUCCAGAUGCUGACUCUUGGAAACAGGACAGGAUCAUUAGAAUGGUAAAGACCAAAGGAUUUGAAUGUGGUGCUGACAGCUCCUGCUACAGAAAUUCACCAGCCGAGGCCACGCCCUCCCCGGGCACCGUCUGCGGCCCGCCACUCCUCACUGUGGUCUGGGUGGACUUGACCAUGGCGGGCUCCAGCUUCCUGAGCCCCAAACCCCAGAACGUGCAGCAGAGACAGGAGUUCAAGUGUCUGCAGGCUUUCCUAAUAAAGUCGUAUUCCUUGCCUCUACACCUGUCUCCGAUUCAUUGGCCUGUCGCGUCAGCCAAACUGAAGGCCCAGGCCCUGGAAGGCUGGCUCAGCCCCGAGCUCAGAAGUCAGGUGGAAGGCGCAGAAAAUGAGCUGGAAAAUGAGCUGGAAAUCCCGUUCAACGCCCUCUUGGAUGUUGGGAUCAAGCUGUCAGGGGCUCAGUUCCACCACCAUGGUCAGACCCUGGGGAAGUUUCUUCAGGAGGUACUUUGGGAAGAGGCCAAUGAAGCCUCGGCUGACAAGUGA